AUGGUUGUAAAAUUGGGAUGGGGCUUAACUCAGGAGCUCCUAAUUCUUCUUUUCAUCUUCCUGCUUGUAAAGCUCAAUGAUUCCUUCAGAAAAUGUUUGAAUUUGAAGGAUCCUUACCAGAGAAAAGCUUCCACGAAUCCCUCAAGUCCUUCAGAUGAAAUUAUAAUUGGAGAAUUUGUAUCCAUGACACUUGGCAAUUAUAGGGAACAGAAGUUUAGGGAACAUCCAAUUUCUUCACCAGAACAAGCUUAUCUAAUCCUUAAAAACUAUCAGCAUGUCCUUGCUUUUAUUUUCGCCAUUAAAGAAGUCAACAAGAAUCCUGAUCUGUUACCCAACAACACUUUAGGGUCCAAGAUUUAUGACAAUGCUUACAAUUCAUGGAGAACCACUUGGACCACUGUGGAUCUUCUCUUUCUUAGACAAGGAGAUCCACUCAAUUAUUACUGUGUCACUGAAGAGGAAGUCAUGGCCACCAUUGGGGGACUCACCUCAGAAAAUUCUAUUCACAUGGCCAACAUUUUAAGUACUUACAAGAUUCCACAGCUUAAUUCAUUUUUGAGACGAGUCCACUUUAACAAUAAUGUUGGCGAUGAAAUAUUUCUCAAUGAAGAUAGGGACUUAGCAAUAGGCUAUGACCUCAUCAAUUUGGUAACUCUUCCCAAUGAAUCCUUCCAGAGAGUCCAAGUUGGAAGAAUUGAUCCCAACGUUCAAUUUGGAAAAGAAUUCACCAUUAAUGCAAGUGCCAUUACAUGGAAUCCCAAGUUUCAUCAGAUGGUGCCAAAAUCUACCUGUGUUGAGAGCUGCCAUCCUGGACAGAACAAACUAAUUCAGCAGGGGAAACAAAUCUGUUGUUAUGAUUGUAUUCAGUGUCCUACAAGUAGGAUCUCAACUCAAAUGGAUGCAGAUGAAUGUGAGCCUUGCCAAGAAGAACAGUAUCCUAACACAAAUCAGCAGGAAUGCAUUCCCAAAGUAAUGACUUACCUGUCCUAUAAAGAAGGCCUGGGAGCAGCUCUGACAUCUUUCGCACUUUUUCUUUCUCUGACGACACUCGUUGUGAUGGCGAUCUUCAGGUUGCACUCAAACUCUCCCAUUGUGAAAGCCAACAACUGGAGCAUCACAUGUAUCCUGCUCUCCUCUUUGCUCCUAUGUUUUCUCUGCUCCCUCUUCUUCAUUGGAAGACCUAGUAAGGUGACUUGCCUUUUAAGGCAGGCCGUGUUUGGCAUCACCUUCUCCAUUGCUGUUUCCUGUGUACUGGCCAAAACAAUCACUGUGGUUCUGGCCUUUGUGGCUACAAAACCAGGGAAUAAGAUGAGGAAAUGGAUGGGGAAAAGACUAGCAAUCUUGGUCAUUGUGCCAUGUUCUUUGAUUCAGAUUGUCAUCUGUGCUGUUUGGUUGGUGAAGAAGCCACCCUUUCCAGAAUUAGAGAAGCAUUCCCAAGUGGGUGAGAUCAUAGUGCAAUGCAAUGAAGGUUCAGAGAUGAUGUUCUACGUUGUGCUGGGCUACAUGGGUCUUCUGGCCAUUGUCAGCUUCACAGUGGCUUUCUUUGCCAGGAAACUGCCUGACAGUUUCAAUGAAGCCAAGUUCAUCACUUUCAGCAUGUUGGUGUUUUGCAGUGUUUGGAUAUCCUUCAUCCCCACCUACUUGAGCACCAAAGGAAAAUUCAUGGUGGCCGUGGAGGUUUUCUCCAUAUUAGCCUCUGCUUUUGGUUUACUGAGUUGCAUUUUCCUUCCAAAAUGCUACAUUAUUGUAAUACGUCCUGAAUUAAAUAAGAAGGAGCAAUUGGUUGGCAGAAUCUGGGACAAGUAA